CUGUUAACUAGCUCUCUCUCUCUCUAUACGCGGUACUCCCACCUCACCAGGACGCAAUAUCCCACCGUGUUUCACACCAAGUAAGGUUCUCAUUCGGAAUUGUCACUACUUCCUGUGUGUCGUUCAUUUUUUGCCCGUACUACUCCUGGUCCUGGAUGUCCUCACCUGUCAUCCCGCUCCUGGGACUCUCAACCAGGCCAUCAUUGUAUCGAACUUCAUCAUCAUUUAAUACUCGGCUAUCUCGCCUUUCCAAGAUCCCAUAUCAACAUCUGAAAACAGAUCACAAGCAUAACCGCAGUAUCACCAUGUCUUCAUCUGCAGUCCAACCGCGAAUUACUCCUCUCCCCGAAGUCACCCGCCUCAGCCCAACUGUCAUCCGCAUCCUCGGCGGCAACCCCGGCAAAUUCACCCUCCAGGGAACCAACACCUAUCUAGUCGGCACCGGCCCCCAGCGUCUCCUUGUCGACUCAGGCGCCGGCGAGCGCUCCUGGAUCUCCGCCCUACAACGGACCCUCACCGACGAGAAAGCUCACAUAUCAGCCGCCAUCAUCACUCACUGGCACCACGACCACACCGGCGGGAUCCGGCACCUGCUCGACUGGAACAGCAAGAUCAAAGUCUACAAGAACCAACCCACCUACCUACCAGGCUACCACGGCAGUCCAGUCUCGCUCGAGCAAAUUGGCACUCCACUUCUCCCCAUCGAAGACGGGCAAGAGUUCAGCGUGGAGGGCGCCACGCUUAAAGCGGUGCACACCCCAGGCCACACGGUCGACCACAUGGUUCUCCACCUGGCCGAGGAGGACGCGCUCUUCACGGGAGACAAUGUGCUGGGCCACGGGACGGCCGUGUACGAGGAUCUGGGGGUGUACCUGAACAGUCUGGAGCAAAUGCGAGGGCUGUUUAAGGGGAAGGGGUAUCCGGGCCACGGACCGGUGGUGGAGGACGGGCCGGGCAAGAUUGGAGAAUAUAUUAGGCAUCGGCAGCAGAGGGAGGACCAAGUUAUUGCAACGUUAAAGAGAGACAGUGAAGAUGGAUGGACGCCGAUGGAGUUGGUCAAGGUUAUCUAUCAGGGCGUACCGGAAACUUUGCAUAUACCGGCCGCUGGAGGGGUGACGCAGAUCCUUUAUAAAUUGAGGAAAGAGGGGAAGGUGACGACGGCAGAUGGUGGCGAUCGAUGGCGGCUGACUGAUCGAUCGGCCCUGUGAGAAGAUGGCGCAUGGCGCUCAGGGUCACAACGUGGGAAGAACCAGCCAGCCGGUUCUUGGGCUGAAUUGCGCAUGAUGUAUGUAUGAGGGUGAUGAUGAUGAUGAUGAUGAUAGUGAUGGGUGGAGUAGAACCCAUUCAGGGUUCGGAACUGGUGCCGUUUGUCGCUUGUCGCUUCGCUCUCUCCCCAGAGCCGCGAGUGUGAUGUGCAUUGCACUCGAAUCCUUUUGGGGCACUGUACUAUGUAUGUACACAAUGAUCGCCCGUAGCCUUGACAGCAUGCACGGUGCAGUGGAUUUAUGACUGGCGCGCCAGUUCAUGACACCAAGUUCGCCUGACGAGGUUCCCGUUUUCGUACGGAUCCUUGUGUAGUAGCCAGCACCCAGUCAACCCUAGUAAGCGAAACGGCCCGGGGACGGUCCAGCGUACAUAGUAUAUACUAGACUAGGUUUCAAGACAUUGUUACCCCGUCCCUAGCUGGAGCGCCUGGAGCACAGGAAACGACUGUUUACGCGGUUCGUGUGCAAUGCAC